AUGAACCUCUUCCACGUCAUCGUCUCUCUCCUAGCGUCAUCUGUCGCCCUCGCAGGCCACAUCACGCGCUCGGCCGACCUAACACUGGAACCCGUAGUAGAAACCCCGUAUGGGUAUAUUCCAGAUGGGCUCCCAGACACCGACCCCACCCCAAAUAGCUGCUGGACAGCACCAAAUGGGAUCGUCUCUGGCUCUGCUUACAGCCCCGGUAUAUGUCAUAUCUGUGUCAAUCAAAACGGUACUGGCCUUAACUCCUGGUUCGGAGCCUGGGCACGGGAUGCGAGCAACUUCGCCAUGGAAGUUACACCCGCCGUAAACCACGUACCCGAGACAGCGAAUGAGAGCUUAUAUACCUUCAACGCUGGUCCUGAGCAUCUCACCGUAGCCAUCCGUCACAAUAAAUUACCUAGCAAAGCAUCUAGCGUAUCUCUGUUGCUGGGAAAGCCACCGGCGCCACAGAUGUCCUUGGACCCUGCGACACACGAGAACUCAACGAGCUGCAAUGCCGUCCAGGAUGCACAAGACAGUACAGAGACUAAAGCUCAAUGCUACUUCCUUUGCGAAGCUUCGGAUGCCUCCAAGGGCGCAAAUAGCCGACGUACCCAAAAUACGGCAUCUUCAAGCAGCGACUCUGGUGUUAACGAGCAUUCAUCCGUUUCUCAUCCGCGCUCAGCGCCAGUAGGGAAGCGUCAUCCUGCUGCAUCAUUAAAUUCUCCUCCAGCCGAGAAAAACGGCGUGCUCCCCGACGGUACCGUCAUCAACCCUAAUCCCGAAAACAACCCAAACGCUACCAAAAGCCCACAAAGCUGCUGGACAAAGCCGGUCGAACCUGUCGUCCCCAUGGCUAAGGACAGUUUCUCCCCAGGCCUCUGUCAAGUCUGCGUGACACAAUGGGGCUUUGGACAAGCUGUUAAGGAAUCAUUAUGA